AUGGCUGGCCCCGGUGGUGGACCUCCCCGUCGGAGCCAUACCAAAUCUCGUAAGGGUUGUGAAACUUGCAAGCGUAGACACAUACGUUGUGACGAGAAUUUCCCCCAAUGCCGAAAUUGCACGAAGCACAACUGUCGUUGUCCAUACAUGGAUAUGCCAGCCCAAGAAGAAAGAGCUGUCACUCCUGAAAAGGCAGACUUGCUUUGGACCCCAGAGAUUGAGGCAGAAAUUGAACGUUGGCAACAGACUGGGAGUUUUCCAUUCCCAGAUCUUUACAUAUACCCAGCGCCAUCUCCUCAAUACUUGUCUUUUGAGGACCUCCGUCUCAUUCACCAUGUGGCCUCCGUCUCCAGUGAACUUGGUAUCCAUGAUGCUAGUAAUUUCACCAUCUGGACUCGCCAGAUACCACUGUUCCUGAAGAUCGGGAUUGAUUACGAUUUUGUCAUGCAUGCGUUGCUCGCCCUGUCUGCAACUCACUUGGCGUGGUUGACGGAUUGCCCCCUUACUGCCAACAUGGCCUACGAGCAUCGCGGCAUUGCUCUCAAGGGCCUCCACGAAGCCAUCGGAGCCUUCUCGCGACAGAACUCAGAUGCUGUGCUUGCGGCUUCUCUCCUCUUGUCCUGGCAGGCAACUGACUGGCGUGGUUGGACACAGUUGAUGCACGGGACCUCCUCGGUCAUUGAUGCCAUGCAGCCGUGGAAGAACGAGUCGCAAUUCGGAGAUUUUAUCGCGGAACAGAGCACGUUCCCGACUGCACCUCCAUCGCCGGCCCCUGGCGGAAAGAAGCUCAGCAAUCCACGCAAGCAAGACUUGGAAGCCCUGCAGCGGGCUUAUGCACAGCUACAGAAAGUCGAGGUCCAUUUGAAGGAGAACAAUGAAGACGUGAAGGCUAUUCAGCAGCUCAUGACUUUCGUUCGUGGCGUUCGCAAGGUGUCUCCCAGUCACACUGCAGCUCAGCGAUUUGAGAUGCUCAAUCCACUCCGGGCUUGGCUCUUCUGGCUUCCGGUCAUGUUCUUGCAACAAACACGGGGAUCUCCCUCUGCACUGAUCAUUCUGGCACAUUACUACACGGUAGCAUUGGUAGUCGAGCCAUUGUUCCCUGAAGUUGGCGCGGCUUACUUUGGGAGCCUCUCGUUGGGCCCAAUCGAGGAGAUAGCUCGCAGGCUCUUCUCUAUCAAUGUCUCUCAGACAUAUGAUGCAGAUAUGCAGACUCCCCUCAACCUCAUGGAGUAUCCGAUUGAUAUGGUAUCGAAGUUCAGGGGCCGCAUGGGUUGGAUUCAGCCUGAGCGAACUGCCUCCUUCCCAACUUUCGGUGGCAGCAGCUACACGAUGGAAGAGAGUUAUCCAACGACGUUGUCAUUCUCUCCAUAUGGCAACCCUGCAUUCACAUACAGUCAAGAGCAUGUCAUGAGUCUGGCGCCCGAUUCAAUGUCUGCGACAGCCAUCAGCCCUCUGACCCUGGACCCCUAUACCAACAACUACCUCGGGAUCCCGUCGCCCAGCGGUUUUGGAGGCUACCAUAGCCCAGCAUCAUCAAACUUCGGGGAGGGAUCCAUUGUUUACAGUGAUCAUGGAGAGGAUUUUGCUCUUUAUGAACAGUAUGAACAGGGCCCUGGCUCGAACUUCGGCGGGUUUGUGCUUCCGACCGUGUGGAUAUAA